UUCCGGUUAAAAGUAAACAAGUUCGUUCGAAGUUGACUUAUUAAAUAGCCAGUCAAUUUAUACAAAAAAACGUAUUUUAAUUGUCUUGAAAAUAUCGUGAACAUUCUUAAAACUACAUUUAAUAGUGAGAAAAGUUUUUACGUAUAGAAGGAUAAGUGAAAAGUUUCCAAUUUCAUUACUUGUGCUCUUUAAAAAUUUCGCCUAUUGCUGUGUUCGGUCUCUUAGUUUUUGUCGUUUAUUUCGUAAAAAACAAAUUCAUCUAAAGCAAUUAGGUAUAUUGGAAACUAAUUUCCACUAAUUCCACAUUAGUGAUACAUAAAAAGAAGAUAUACAUGAAUGUGUGUAAAAAUCAGUGUUAUUAUUCAACGCAGCUUCAGCAGAAGAUUUCCUAUACAGAGCAUAAAUGAACUCAAUUGCUGAUUCCGCUUUUGUGCACCUCCGCACAAGCGGAUGCAAACGAUGGGCAAAUGCAGCAGAAACGUGGAAUUUCCAGUGCCGGUUGGAUUGGUCUCCAAAGUUUAGAAGUUCCAGACUUGAAUCAUCAUCACCAUCAUCAUCAAACUCAUCAGAAUGUGCUACCAACUCUUCAGUCUGGACCCGAAAUUCCACUAAGUGGAGCAAAUUUUGAUGGAUGGAAAACUGGCUCGAGCAUUCAUGGGGAAGCACUUCCGGAAAAGGAUUAUUCGGGUUAUAUAAUAAGCAAACCAGCACCCAUAGAAAAACAUAUCCCCGAGCCAGUGGUUGUCGAGAAGGCUGUGGAAAAACUUGUCCCCAUAACUGUAGAAAAGAUCGUGCAUAAGCCAUAUCCAGUUCCGAUUCCAAUUCCUCAGACAAUUCCAGUUGCAGUGGAGCAAGCGAUACCAAUUCCGAUAAAAACGCCAAUAGCCAUUCCGGUACAUCAUCCAUUUCCAAUUCCCGUGAAACAUGCAGUUCCGGUGCCAAUUCCCAUUCCAGUUCCGGUUCCAGUUCAUGACCACUAUGGACUGGGAAUUCCCGGUCUUGGCGGGGGUCUUGGUGGGGGAUUUGGUGGGGGAUUUGGUGGGGGAUUUGGUGCUGGUUUGGGUCAUGGCAUAGGUCAGGGAAUUUAUGGCGCUGGAUUGGGACAUGGUUUUGGUCACGGUGCCUAUGGUCAAGGUGCUUAUGGUCAUGGUGCUUAUGGUCAUGGUUAUGGCCAUGGAACUCCAGUUCAUCUUCCUCAUGAUCACGGUCAUUAUAAUUAUCAUGGACAUCAGCACAAAAAGAAACGAAGUAAAGAUUAAUUAUUUUGACUGUGUUAUUAUUAUUUUUCUUUUAAUUGAGAGAACGAGACAAUAUCGAUUCUAAUGGAAUUGCUGUAUAAUAAUUAUUAUCGUUAUAUGUGACGUGCUCCGAAGAGAAAGGUACCUAAGAAUAAAAAAAGGUUUUUAGGUUAUGUUUCUAAUUUUUCACUGAAAAAAAAAAGUUCUGGUUAGGGUACAUUUAACACGAUAUUCUAGUAUAAAGAAAACUAGAAUUCUGGUCAAAUUGAAUAGAAUUCUGGUCAAAUUAACUAGCUAAAUUAACUAACUUCGGUUAAUUUAACCGAAAAAAUAUCGUAAACUAUUAUGUUUAACACGAUAUUUCAGUUAAAAACCAGAAAAUUCUGGUUAUUUCCAACCAAAAUUUUUUGUUUGGUGUUGAAAUGAAAGCAUAACCUUAAAAUUUAAUUUUCUUCUUUUAAAUAGUGUCAUUUCUUCGAAACGAGUAACUUAUAUAAAUUAGAUUAUUUAUAAAGAAAUUAUUACCAACAUUCUCUUAUUCUCAGGACCUUGUUAUGUAAAUAGUUAAUAAUAUAAUUGUUAAUAAGUUUUUUAUUAUAUUCUCAAAUUAAUAAAUUCAACAACAAAAUACUUAAAU